CCACCUUCAGCCUCGCUUGGCCUUCGGAGGGUGAUGUCUGAGCCAGACACAAAUACAUAUUUUGGCACUAAUACAUCGCCUCAGGCAAGCAACUCGACCAAAAGCUCAAUAAAGUCUUAUCCGAGUCCAUCGACAAGUGCAGACCCUAUUCGAUCUUCAUAUUCAGUUCAAAAAGAGGAUGCUAAAGUUGGACCUGAUAGUUUUAUCAAGCUCAGAUUAUUAGGCCGAGGCAAUGUUGGUCGUGUGUACCUUGUAAAACAAAAGGAAACCGAUAAGCUUUAUGCCCUGAAGGUAUUGUCAAAAAAGGAAAUGAUCAACCGUAACAAGAUCAAACGAGCAAUGGCCGAGCAGGCCAUUUUAUCUACUGCAAACCACCCCUUCAUUGUACCACUUUAUCAUUCGUUCCAAAGUAAUGAUCACUUGUACCUAUGCCUUGAAUUUUGUGUAGGAGGUGAAUUUUUUAGAGCUUUGCAACAACGACCAGGACGUGUUCUUGAAGAACAUGAAGCAAGAUUUUAUGCAGCAGAAGUUGUGGCUGCAUUAGAAUACCUUCAUCUUAUGGGAAUCGUGUUUCGUGAUCUCAAACCAGAAAACAUUCUCUUACACGAGUCUGGACAUUUGAUGCUCUCAGAUUUUGAUCUGUCUAUCCAAGCACCGGCAGCGGGUCCACCGACGAUGGUCAAGCCUAGUUCCCCAUUCUUUCAACAACCAAUGUUGGACACUAGAUCUUGUACAAAUCUAAGGACCAAUUCAUUCGUCGGAACAGAGGAAUAUCUGGCUCCUGAGGUGAUAAGAGGGAAUGGACACUCUAGCACAGUUGAUUGGUGGACAUUAGGUAUUCUUCUUUAUGAAAUGCUGUUUAGCUUUACUCCUUUUAAGGGUGCCACUCGUAACGACACUUUCGAAUUGAUCCUAAAACGCAACGUUGAAUUCCCGGACUUGACUUCUAAUCCUUACCGAACCAGCCCUGGAAUUUCAAGCCAAUGUAAGGCAUGUAUUCGAAAACUCUUGAACAAAAACGACAAAAAGAGACUUGGGGCUCGUGCAGGCGCGAGUGAAGUCAAAUCCCAUGCGUUCUUUAAGCCAGUAAACUUUGCGCUCUUGCGACAUAUGCGGCCGCCAAUUGUACCAUCCAAAUCCAACGCUGUAGACGCAGUUCAUUUCAAGGCAUUAAAGGAGAGCGUUAGUCUUGAUCUAGAAGACAGCAGGAGUCAAUCAGGAAAUGAAGAGGCAGGACCAGUCACAGACUCCCAAUCGGAUCCAUUUGAGUAUUUUAAUUCU